AGAAGAAGAGCUGCAGAAGCGCAUUUCCUUUAAUGAAACAGCCACCUUUUUAUUUCUACAAUUUAAUCGAAAAUAAGCAUUAUAUGAGGAAGAAAUGAAAUAUAAUCCUUCAUAAAGUGCAUAUAUGAAGGCGUACGCUCGGGAGACAAGCGGUACCGGGUGAAUUUCCGCCUUUGUUGGUGCGCGCGUGUUGUUGUUAGCUAGCUCCGCUCGUGAACGAUGUUCGGUUUAUUCUAAAAAUCCAAAAAGAACUUUCUAUUUUUGGUGAAGAGGCAACCUCUGCUGAGCACGAUGGCCACUCAGAGAGUUCUCCCUCAGAGCAAAGAGACUCUGCUGCAGAACUACAACAAGAGGCUGAAAGAUGACAUCAAGUCGAUCAUGGACAACUUCACGGAGAUCAUCAAAACUGCCAAGAUUGAGGAUGAGACGCAGGUAUCGAGACCGACCCAGGCCGAGCAGGACCACUACGAGAUGCACGUCAGAGCAGCCAACAUUGUCCGAGCCGGCGAGUCCCUCAUGAAGCUCGUGUCGGAUCUGAAGCAGUUCUUGAUUCUGAACGACUUCCCCUCCGUCAACGACGCCAUCAGCCUGCAGAACCAGCAGCUCCGCUCGCUGCAGGAGGAGUGCGACAAGAAGCUGACGUCGCUCCGGGACGAGAUCGCCAUCGACCUGUAUGAGCUCGAGGAAGAAUAUUACUCCUCCAGGUACAAGUAGGCUCAGACUUGCCCCCCAUUCCACCGCACCGCCCAUCUCUCACACCCAUGCCCAGCACCAUGUACUGUCUCUUUUUGUUUUUUUUUUGCCAUUCACGGAUGGGUUAAAUCCCCACUUGAGGGCCAUCAUGACGUCUCACAUCUCACUCGGUGCCUUUUACGUUGUUGUGAUGUACCACAGCUUUGACCUCUCUGUUCUGUAAUGGUCAAAGCAUCAAGGCCUUAAAGGGGCAGACCACGAAAAUUCAGGUCCGAUUCGGCCUGAAAGCUUAAAAGCUCUUUUCAUCUUUUAUUUAAACAAAACCAAAAGCAUCAGUGUGUGGAUUUACUGCAGGUUUCUGACCAAAUCCCGGAAGGCCUUUCAGCUUUGUGAUCUGUAAUAUUCAGAGGUUUUAGGAAACAUUUUCACAAAUAAGCUUGGACGUCCAAGAGAGUAACUCCUCCGAUAUUUGUGAGCGAUGAGAUCUCCAAGUGCAUUUAUAACAUUCAUAACAAUUUAAAUAGAAGGGAUGAUGUUGAGGCCUUCGUUUUUCUAAUGUGUCCAUGCAUGAUUGCAUGCUAGGCUACAAGUUCCAAGUGAUUUAUACAAUGAUAGAAGAGAUUUUUUAAUGUAUCAACCAUGAAAAUUAAUAUAAUUGAUAAUAUUUAAAGCAUAUAUAUAUAUAUAUAAAUAUAUAAAUAUAUAUAUAUAUAUAUAUAUAUAUAUAUAUAUAUAUAUAUAUAUAUAUAUAUAUAUGAUAACAGCCUGUGUGAUAGAUUUUAAAGGUACAAUUUGUGAAAUUCUACUCAUACCACUAUUAUCCUCCAGAUGGCAACAGUGAGUCACUCUCCCUGUUUAGCUAGCUGUAGCUUCCUCCUGCUUUUUAGUGUUGGCGUGACUCCAGUGCACCAUCUUGUGGUACAGUCUAGUUUUACUGAAGGAUUCCUGGUUAGCUUUUUUACUCAAGAAGAUGCCCACAACGUUCUGAUUAAUACAUUUUUCAGAUUGAAAGUUUUUGAGUAAAAAUGUUAUUGUACCUUGUAGACAUUAAUAAAUACGUAGUUAGAUGUCGGGGUUUGCUGUUAUUCAUCUGAGGCUUUAAAUUUCUAACAUAGAUGUUUAAAAAAAAAAAAUAAAAGAUUUGGAAGAUUAAGAUUUAAACCUUGUGAAUUCCGUCCGUAGGAACAAGAGCUGUAAGCAUGAAAGCGGUCACACGAGGUGCAAAUGUACAUGUGUGUCAGUUUUUUUCAAGCUGUUCCAACAGACUGGAAGUGAUGGAAAAAUAAAAGUAGAGACAAAACGCUG